AUGGAAGACUGGGUGUAUGUCGGAGGGAGGCGAAGGAGCGGGAAGAAGCCCCAAGGGGGGGGCAUGCACGCGGGGCGUCACAGCAACGGGCACAGUAGCUACGUCCGCGAUGCCCGCUCCGCGGAGCCCCCCCCCGUGGAGCUCGCAAAGCACGCGGAGAAAACCUUCGGCGAAGUGAAGAGGGUCAUGAGCGGCUUAGAAAAAAGUGAGUUCUUUGCAAAGUUCCUCCAGCAGCUGACCCAAGUGGUUGACGAGGCAAAAGCGAAGAUAAAAUGCGCCAUCUGCCUGGGCCUGGGUUCUUUAGAGGACCCCAAUUGGAGCAACAGGAGGGCUUGUCUCUACCAACUCUCAUUUGUGUUGCUCCUCGGGAGGAUCCACAACGUGGAGCAGCUGUUUAUCUAUGACCCUAAGAUUGGGGAAGUGGACGAGGACGUGUGUGGCCGCUUCGGCGUGGAGGUGUUGUCCCCCCGGGAGGAGGCACCCCCAGAGGGACCGCAAAAAAGGGGGGAAGCGCAAAGAGGGGGACCACAAAGAGAGGGACCGCAAAAAAGCGGCGAAGCGCAAAUCGAGGGACCGCCCAGUGGCGCUGCCCCGAAGGAGGGCGAGCAGAUAGACCGCACCAUCCCCAAGCCAAGAGCAAACGAACGGACGCUGCUCUUCAUGCCCCACUGCGAUGUGAGUCUGUAUAGCCAAGUCAUGCACGACAUCUACGUAAAUGAAAAGCUGAGUUAUGAUAAGGUCCAUUUUUUGCUCCCCUUGGCGAAGACCAUUUUUCUGGGGAACUCAUUUGAGUACUACCGAGAGCAUGUCUACAUGUACAGGCCCUUUGGAAUCCCAGCCUAUGCCAUUCGCAUGUUAAAAAGUGGAGGCACUCUCCCGGAAGGAGCCACUCAGAGGAGUCUUAAUCGAUUAGAGGAACUUUAUAAAAUGGACCACUUCCUUUUUUACAUUCACAAAUAUGCACGGGAGGGGAAGUUCCCCUUUUGCCCUGAGCAUGUAUCCGCCUUCAACGACAUGGCCAUCAUAACGUUUGGCCCCCUGCCGGACCAACUCAGCUUUUGGAAGGACGUCUGGGCGGAGGUGACCUCUGGGGGGCCCACAUAAAAUAGGGGGGAAAAGUAACAAGCAGAUGAUAAUGGGUGGUCCGGGCCCGUUCAAUUGGUCGCUUUUGUCCUCACAACGCACAAAAUUGCGAGACAACCCUGGUGAGAAGUAGCUCCGAGGGGGAGACUCCGCGAUAGGUUGCCGCCUCCGGUAGGUUGCCGCCCAAAUGAACG